GUGUGUGUGUCUGUGUGUGUGUCUGUGUGUGUGUGUGUCUGUGUGUCUGUGUCUGUCUGUGUGCCUGUCUGUGUGUGUGUCUGUCUGUGUGUGUGUCUGUGUGUGUGUCUGUCUGUGUCUGUCUGGUGGUGUGGCAUGUUGCUGCCCACCCCCCCUCCUCGUGUGCCGUGCCGGCCUUCCAUCGCUGCUGGCUAACAGCACUUGCCCCUACAGUCUGUUAAAGGCUACACGGGGCAUCUUUGUCUCUACGCGUGUGUGUGUGUGUCCGUGUGUGCACUGCAGUGACGCGGCGAGCAGCGGCCACCGGCCUGCCGGCGAGCGCGCCGCGGAUCCUCUUACCGCACUCCGCCGGUCCUAUUCGGGGCUCUUACGCACUCACUCACUCACACACUCUCUCUCACACACACUCGCUCUCUCGCACACUCACUCACUCACACACUCUCUCUCACACACACUCGCUCGCACACUCUCUCUCUCUCACACUCGCUCGCUCGCACCCAAGUGUCGUCCUCGCCUUUAAGACGCAGCCACAGCGGGAGGCAGACGGGGAGAGAGAGGAGAGAGAGGGGAGAGAGCUGGAGAGCUGUGAUGUGAUGUGAUCUGCUGCUGCUGCUGCCGCAGUGCACGUGGCGUGACGCGCGCCUGUCAAGCCGCUGUCCCCGCUGCGUGACUGCUGCUGCUGCUGCUGUCCCCGUGACUGCUGCUGCUGCUUCUGCUGCACCGUGACUGCUGCUGCUCUGUGACUGCUGCUGCUGCUCCUCGCUGCGGCGAUGCCAGGAUGAGGGGCUGGAGGCGGGGGUCGUGACUACGGCGGGAGCGUGUGAGCGGCCAGUGACAAACAGCACUAUGUCCAAGUUGUGACAAUUGAGAGACGGGCAGACGGGUGAUGGGGAGUGCAGAGGCACCGUAGCGCGCGUCUGGAACUCGUGCGUGCCACCAUCAUCAUCAUCACCACCACCAUCACCAAAACCACCACCAUCACCAUCACCACCACCAUCACCACCAUCACCACCACCAUCACCACCACCACCGCGCCGCUGACGACACAGGCGGGCAGCGUGCUGUGUUCCACACUAGCAGCCGCACCACCACCACCAUCUCACUACCACCAGCUCCUCACCACCACCUCACCACCAGCUCCUCACUACCACCGAUUCCUCACCAUCACCACCUCUUCACUCACCACCACCAUCUACUCACCAUCUCCUCACCACCACCUCUUCACUCCCUCACCACCACCUCACCCACCAUCUCCCGCUGAAGCACUUCUCUCGCGGCUUGCUGCCGCCAUGCUCGCGGGCAAGGAGGUCGCCUCGUGCCUCAAGUUCCGAGCGAACAUCUUCAACAAGAGCAAGUGCCAGGACUGCUUCCGGGCCCGCGACUCGCACCCGGCCCUGGACGAGGAGCUGACUCAGGCCAAGCCGCUCUACGGCGGGUGGCUGUGCCUCGCCCCAGAGGGGACCGACUUCGGGAACUCUCUGCAGAGGUCGAGGAAAUGGCAGAGGCGCUUUUUCCUGCUCUACGAGCACGGGGAGCUGCGCUACGCCCUGGACGCCGUGCCGAGCACGUUGCCGCAGGGCGUCGUGAGCAUGUCGGAGGUGGUGGAGGUGGUGGAGGCUGAGAGCCGCACAGGCCAGAGGAACUCGCUGUGCAUCUCCACGCCACAGCGACACUUCUUCGUCCGCGGAGAAACCCGGGAGGACAUUGGCGGCUGGCAGGAGGUGCUGGGCCCCUACGUGCUCGUCAACAAACAGACGCUGAAGAAGCGGAACGCUGGGAAGUCUCUCCAGCAGGAGCCGAGCCCACCCAAGGCGACCUCGGGUCACGAUGCCACGGACGAGCCCGGAGCCACGGACGCCGCCUUCCCGCAGUGUCGGCCUGGAGACCACUCCAGCUGCCCGACGUUCAUGCAGCAGAUGCACCAUCGCUCACGGACACGCGGUGGACUCCCCAGAUCUGCCUCGGCCUGCUCGCUAAGCCGGGACGAUGUCUGUGAAGGCCGCACGUUGGAGGGGGCGGCCCGCGCAGGCCCCCCCGGAGGCCCGGCCUGCAGGCUGAGUGUUGGCGAUGGGGCGCAGGCGGUGGCCACUGGGAAUGGCGACGUGAAAGGGCCCGGCCAGACACAGCAGCGAUGUCCACCACAGGGGGAAGCAGCGCCGGUGACGAAGGAGUUGAGCGCCAGGUUCGGCAGCGUCCUUCCCCCUGAGCGGCGAGCCAAGUCGCUCGACCGGCGGACGAGCGAAGCCACAAUGACGCCCGACCUAUUGAACUUCAAGCAGGGUUGGCUCAUGAGACUGGAUGAAGAUGAUAAGUGGCGGAAGCACUGGUUCGUGUUGACUGACGGCAGUCUCAAGUUUUACAAAGACUCCAUGGCCGAAGAGGCACUGGACGAGGACGGGGAGAUCGAUCUGACGACCUGCCACAACGUCGCGCCCCUCGACACGCAGAGGAACUACGGCUUCCAGAUCCACACCUCGGACGGAGUGUUCACUCUGUCGGCCAUGACGGCCGGCAUCCGCAGAAACUGGGUGCAGAGUCUGAGCAGCAGCGUCCGCCCUGCCACGUCGCGCCGUCUCGCCAGCAUCGUGGCGGAGUGCGGCACAGCCGUGCCAGACACCGCGGCGACGCAGCGCGGAGGGGAACUGCCGCCCCCCGGUCCCUCGUGGCCUCCGAUUUCCACCGCCGCCGCCGCCGCCGCCACCGCCACUGCCGCCAUUCCCCUCUUCGACCCGACGGGAGGCUGCCGAGGUCACGCUCGGCAGAGACGGAGGGAUGGGCGCUCGCGCACGAUCGACCUGGCCGACCUGCGGUCCCUACGCGAGGCGCUGCGCAUGCAGAGCCGCCGGCAGUGCCGGCCCAGGGCCAAGACGGCGCUCAUCCUGCCUCCCGGCAUGGCAGCCCUGGCAGGGCCGGGCGAAAGCGGCCCGCCGGCGGCACCGCCCCCGGGGGUCCGAGCGGCGCCCAACGGGGACCCCGGGAGGGAUCCGCUCCCUCGGACCCCGGCGGAGACGCCCGGUGGGAGCGGCCCCCCCCUCCCCCCCGCCAGGCGCGGCGUCGACGACGACGAGGAAGAGGGGUCCGGCGUCGGGGGUCCCCCGGACUACGGAGGGGGGGCCCGGGGGGAGAGGAGGAGGAGCGGUGCGGGGUGGGACGGGGGGCCCUCCGCGCCCGGGCCCGGGCACGGCCACGAUGAGAUCGAACGGCGCUGGGUGCAGGUGGAGACAACGCCUCUGCGAGACGACAAGCAGGUGCCCAUCGCCACGCUGGCUGGCGGGCAAGGACCCAUCGCCACGCUGGCUGGCGGGCACGGGCCCAUCACGCUAGCUGGUGGGCAAGGGUCCAUCGCCACACUGGGUGAAGGGCAAGGGUCCAUCGCCACGCUGGGUGAAGGGCAGGGGCCCAUCGCCACGCUGGGUGAAGGGCAAGGGCCCAUCGCCACGCUGGGUGAAGGGCAGGGGCCCAUCGCCACGCUGGGUGAAGGGCAGGGGCCCAUCGCCACGCUGGGUGAAGGGCAAGGGCCCAUCGCCACGCUGGGUGAAGGGCAGGGGCCCAUCGCCACGCUGGGUGAAGGGCAGGGGCCCAUCGCCACGCUGGGUGAAGGGCAGGGGCCCAUCGCCACGCUGGUUAAAGGGCAGGGGCCCAUCGCCACGCUGGGUGAAGGGCAAGGGCCCAUCGCCACGCUGGGUGAAGGGCAAGGGCCCAUCGCCACGCUGGGUGAAGGGCAGGGGCCCAUCGCCACGCUGGGUGAAGGGCAGGGGCCCAUCGCCACGCUGGGUGAAGGGCAGGGGCCCAUCGCCACGCUGGGUGGUGGGCAAGGGCCCAUCGCCACGCUGGCUGGCGGGCAAGGGCCCAUCGCCACGCUGGGUGAGGUGGUGCCCGUGGACUCCCCUGGGCUCCCUGCGUCUCCUCCUUCUGGUGCCCCCACAGAAGACUUUGUGCAGCUCCUACAGAACGAGGUGGAGAAGCUGAGGGUGAAGCUGGAGCAGGCGGAACGGGAGCUGCGGAACCUGCGGGCCGGCCAUGGGGAGGCGGAGGCAGAGGAGGAGGUGGAGGCAGAGGAGGCGGUGGCGUGGAGCGAGCCUCUCUCGACACGACCGUGCGGUGCGAACAGCGGGUCCGAGAUCCGUCGCCGAGAGGGCGUCCGCUCGCCGGGGCGGGCGACGCGGCGCCACCGUCGCCCCGCCGAGCGGCGCGGCCCGGAGGACGAAGCGGCGCUCGCAGCGGAACGGCUCCGCUCGGCCACGGCCGAAUGGCACGAGCGAGCGGCGCCGCGAGGAGAGAGCGGGGAGGAGAGCGGGGAGGAGGGGAGGUCGGCAGGGAGCGCCGCGCCGACGGGCGCAGAGACGGAAGCCUCCGGGCCGCCCGCGUGUCCCAGCGCGGAGGCACGGCGGGCGCCCAGCGCGGGCGCGGAGGAGGGGGCGGGGGAGGCCGUCGCGGCGGAGUCCAGGCCGCGGCCCGGCGGCGGAGAGGUCCGACGCCGCACCGAGGUGCCGGGCGACGCUCCGAGGGGGCGCGGGGUGCAGAGCGGGGACGCCGAGGGGCGGCCGGGGGACCCCGGGGGCCGAGAGGCCGAGGACGCGGCGGGAGCGGAGCUCGCCCGGCUUGUCCAGGAGCUGCGGCGGCGUCUCGGGGAGGCCCGGACCGAGCUGCGGGGCCGCCCCUCUCCCCACGAGGUGGAGGCGGAGCGCCUCCAGCACCGUGCCGACAUCGAGACGCUCAAGGCCGAGUGCGAGCGGGGCCUGCUGCUCAUGGAGGAGUGCCACCGUGGAGCGCUGCGCGAGCUGCAAGAGGCCCAGCGGCGGACGGUGGCGGCGCUGGGCGAGGAGAAGGAGCGGCUGCUGGCGGAGGAGACCGCCGCCACUGUUGCCGCGAUCGAGGCGAUGAAGACGGCCUACCGAGAGGAGCUGGAGAAGCUCCGCAAGAGCCGCGGAGGUGUCUCCCGGAGCGUCACAGAGGAGCGUGCGCAGUACGAGCAGGAUCUGGCCUCGCUGCAGCGGGAGAUCGAGGCCUUGUCUGAGCAGUACUCCCACAAGAGCCUGCAGGCCGCGCACCUCCUGCAGGCGCUGGAGGCCGAGAGGGCCGCGCUGCAGCAGAGCCGGCGCAACAACCGCGAGCUCAACGCGCGCAACCAGAAGCUCGGCGCUCAGGUGGCGCAGGUGGCACGGGGGGCGCAGGAGGAGCGGGCGCCGGGCGAGGCGGCGGAGGGACGCGGCGCCACGCGCACUAACUUCGAGCUGCAGGUCGCUCUGCGCGUGAAGGAGUCCGAGAUCGAGUUCCUCAAGCAGGAGCUGCGCUCGCUCAGAGAGGAGCUCCACACGGCUCAGAGGGACAAGAAGCUGGCCGCCCACCGCUACAAGGACAUGUACCGUGAGAUGAGCCUGGCGCGCGCGCACGCCCAGCGCGACUCGCGCCUGCUGCAGGAGAAGCUGCGUCGACUCACGCAGCAGCAGCAGCAGCUGGCAUCGCCGGGCGUCGACCGCCGUGGACACGCACAGCCGCCCCACGAUGUCCUGAAGUCACGGAGUAACCCGGAGGGUUUGCGCGCUGGACUUGCAUCCGUUGGUCAGCGUCUCAAGGCUGAGUCGGAGGGCUUCCCGCUGGGCGAUAAAGCCCAGAAGACGCCCGUGUGACUGCACCGCCAACGUGUGACAAGACCCGGCUGAUUUGCGCACUCAAGUUUUCAUUUGCACGUCAUCAUUAAAAAAUAUUUGCAUUUAUUUGACCUUUAAAUUGACCUGGCAAAACAUCUCGCACGGUGUCGCCAUCUCACAAAUUUGAAGGCACCCCCAGCGGCAGCUGUCCCUGUGCAGCCAGUCGGUGCCUGAGGUCGCUGCUGCUCCACCUGAGUGUCAUUUGCGAUCUGAUUUUUCAAAAUGUGGCAAAUUAUGACCACGACGCCAGCAUUCGCACACAAGGGACGCCACGGCAUCUUGAGCGCACCGCCGUGAAUCGGACGUCGCGCAGCGUUUGUGUGCCUGAUGCACCAGAAAGUAUUCACCACAGGGCGUCUUGCCGGAUUCAAGCCAUGGAAACGACGCAAUGACGAGCAGCGAACGCGCCACCACUUACUGCCGCUUCGGCCGAACAGUUAAAACUAAAAACUAAACAGAUUUAGUAUUUUGCCAGGUAAGGCCCCCUGAGCUAAAUAGUUGUUUUUCAGAAGUGACCUGGCCACAGAAGGAUAGCUCAACAAAGUGGCUUAUCGCGUGGAAAUUUAUAGCAGCAGCCAAAUACUCUAAACGCAUGAUAUUGAAUCUAAAUGUGGAGGGAAAAACCAGAGGAGCCGGAAAAAAAUCCGCGAGACCACGGGGGGGAGAGAGACACGCAAACACCGAAUAUACAACAGGCAUCGUCAACACCGGGAUUGAACCCACGACCUCCUGCAUACCAAGCAAGGGAGUUAACAUCUCCUAACCACCGCAGUUAAACUUCCUCCGCGCACGAGUGAGCGCCAUGUCGGCGCUCCAGGCCACCGUGCACAUCUCUGGAGCCCCUCUAUGGGGUCGAGCCCAGGCGGCUCUCCCUCUCUCUCGUCCUCACCGACUACGCAGGGGACACCACCUCCUCCUCUCCGCUGCCGCGUGCGCCUCCUCCUCCUCCGUCGCGUCCCCGACGGACCCCUCCGGCUUGGCGAGCGUAUUGAACGUCGCGCUUUCUGAACAAGCGGCAAUUUUGUUCUUGUUGUUGUUGCCGCUGUUCAUUCGCACCCCUGAGAUUUACGAUAACGGAACGUGGGAGCUGGCGAUGCGAGCGAAGCGGCGAACGUCGGAUCUGCACUUUAUGCGACGCGCCGCGAUGACUGCGAACGUGUCCCAGGAACGCGCCUGUUACCGCGCGUUGGCUCUGCUCUUUAAAGUCCGGCGUGGCCCGUGGCAUGUCCGCGUUUGCUGCGCACGUGUCACGCGACACCCUGGAUGCCCUUGUCGUCCUUCCCCCCCUCCGCACCUCCCUUUAGCGCGGUUGGCUACGUACGGUGCGAAUGAAGUUCAACGCACGUACGUACAAACGAGAUACUCCGUCUAGACGGAUUUUUCAAGUGGAAUGUUUUAAUUCGUAAAACGAAUGGCAGCGUGACACUGGGCGCCCACUUGUUAAUUCUGGGGAGUGUGUGGCUCUUGUCCGGGGGGGAGGGAGGGAUUGUUCCAGGCUGAGCGUUGCGAUGACGCACGACGGAACGAGGCCGCGUCUUCGUAUCCAGGUAGCUUGAAACUCCCGAGGACUGAAGUUUCCGAGAUAGUUAUUCAGGUCAAACUAAUUUAUAUUUUAGCAAAGCCAACAAGGGGGGAAUGUCUUAUUUAUCUAAUGCUGUAAUACCUUCCCGUCCUGAAAGGCUGGUGAAUAAAGCAUGGUAUCGGCAGUGCAAUAUAUAAAUAUGAAGAUGAGUCAAGACGAGAGGAGGCAUGUUUAUUCGUGUGUUUUACAUUUCAUUGAACAUAUUUACAGAGAAUACAUAAUAAAUAUAAUCUUACAAUGUU